AUGUCCAUGUCGGUAGAGGAACUGGACGCUACAGUCCGCGCCUUCUACGAGGGUAGAGGCGACACACAAAAGCAAGCUCAGGCGACCCUUAACCAGUUCAAGGAGAACCCAGACGCAUGGCUGCUAGUCGACAAGAUACUACAAGACGCCGCAUAUCCACAGACAAAGUGCAAGUUCCUCGCAUAUGGACUGUACUCAAGCGACGGGUCGCUAACAUGGGGCAGAUCUGGGCCUGCAAGCAUCCGAAACUUCGUCGUCAACUUCAUCAUCCAGAGCUCAAGCACCGAAGAGAGCCUGCGGAGUGAACGGACACUGAUCAACAAGCUCAAUCUCGUCCUCGUCUCCAUUCUCAAACAAGAAUGGCCUCACAACUGGCCGACGUUCAUCAACGAGAUCAUCUCCUCGUGCCAUAGCAGCUUGCCGAUUUGCGAGAACAACAUGGCCAUCCUCCGGCUGCUCUCGGAAGAAGUCUUCGAUUAUUCUGAGGAUCAAAUGACAUCCACAAAGAGGAAGGCAUUGAAGCAGAGCAUGUGCGACGAGUUCACCUCUAUCUACCAGCUGUGCUCCGAAGUGCUACGGACCGCUGUACAAGCCAGUCUCAUCAAGGCGACACUCGAGACACUGCUACGCUUCCUCAACUGGAUCCCCCUGGGGUACAUCUUUGAGACGCCUCCUAGUGGUACCAGUCUCAUUGAAACUCUAAGAAGUCGGUUUUUAGAGGUGCCGGACUUCCGCAACAUUACCCUGAAGUGCCUGACGGAGAUAGCCAGUCUCCACACUGAGCCGGCGUAUAAUGAGAAGCUCGUCCAGAUGUUCACGGAGACUCUGACUGCCAUAUCGAAGAUCAUCCCUCUCUCACUAGACUUGAGGACCACCUACGCUUCGAGUAACAGCAGGGAUCAGGAGUUCAUCCAGAAUCUAGCGCUCUUCCUUUGUAAUUUCUUCACCAUGCACCUUCCGAUCAUCGAGAAUCUCCCCAACCGUGACUUCCUCAACCACGGCCACUUUUACCUCAUCCGCAUUUCACAGAUUGAUGAUCGAGAGAUCUUCAAGAUUUGCUUGGAAUACUGGACGAAGCUUGUCCAGGAGCUGUAUGACGAGAUGCAACAACUGCCGAUUACCGACAUCAACCCUCUGCUCAACAUGGGCAUCGCGGGCAUGGCGAACGGAGCCGGCCAGGAUCCGAACAUGCUUGCUAACUAUCCGCUACGCAAGCACAAGUACGCCGAAGUCCUCUCAAACCUGCGACAAGUCAUGAUUGAGAAAAUGGUUCGGCCAGAAGAAGUGUUGAUCGUGGAGAACGACGAGGGAGAGAUUGUCCGCGAAUUCGUGAAAGAGAGCGAUACGAUCCAGCUCUACAAAUCGACGAGGGAAUGCCUAGUAUUCCUUACCCAUCUUGAUGUCCAGGACACAGAACAGAUCAUGUCCGAGAAGCUCGCACGACAAGUAGAUGGAUCGGAAUGGUCCUGGGCAAACUGCAACACUCUCUGCUGGGCUAUUGGCUCCAUCUCGGGCGCCAUGAACGAAGAGACCGAGAAGCGCUUCUUAGUAACCGUCAUCAAGGACCUCCUCGGCUUGACAGAGAUGAAGCGAGGCAAAGACAACAAGGCUAUCGUGGCCAGCAACAUCAUGUACAUCGUCGGCCAGUAUCCUCGUUUCCUCAAGGCCCACUGGAAGUUCCUAAAGACGGUAGUCAACAAGCUUUUCGAGUUUAUGCACGAGACCCACGAAGGUGUGCAGGACAUGGCUUGUGAUACCUUCAUCAAGAUAGCGAAUAAGUGUAGGCGGCAUUUCGUUGUCGUGCAGCCUGGCGAAACCGAACCCUUUAUUGACGAGAUCGUCCGGAAUCUGCGCAGGAUCACCAUGGAUUUGACACCGCAACAAAUUCACACAUUCUACGAAGCCUGCGGCUACAUGAUCAGUGCCCAAGGACAAAAGAAUGCACAAGAACGCCUCAUUCAAGAGCUCAUGUAUUUGCCGAAUCAAGCAUGGGACUCCAUCAUCCAAUCUGCCAACCAGGAUCCAAGCAUCCUCCAAGACGGCGAAACGAUCAAAGUUAUCGGCAACAUUAUGAAGACCAAUGUGGCGGCCUGCAGCUCAGUGGGCAGCUACUUCUAUCCGCAGAUUGGCCGGAUCUACAUGGACAUGUUGACGAUGUACCGCGCAAGCAGUUCGCUGAUCGAUGAGGCUGUCCAGCGCGAUGGCAACAUUGCUACGAAAAUGCCCAAGGUCCGUGGACUGAGGACCAUCAAGAAGGAGAUCCUGAAGCUUAUCAACACUUACGUGGACAAGGCCGACGAUCUUGAGAUGGUCCAUAACACCCUCGUACCUGGUCUUCUGGAGGCUGUGCUGCUCGACUACAAACGCAACGUGCCCGAUGCUCGCGAAGCCGAGGUGCUGAACGUCAUGACCACGAUCAUUAACAAGCUACAUAGCUUGAUGGAAGAUCAGAUCAUGAACAUUAUGGACAGCGUUUUUGACUGCACUUUGAACAUGAUCAACAAGGACUUCUCCGAGUACCCGGAACACAGGGUCGAGUUCUUCAAGCUCCUCCGCACGAUCAACCUGAGAUGCUUCCCUGCACUUCUCCGUCUGGAUGCACCAACCUUCAAAAACGUCAUCGACUCUUGCAUGUGGGCGAGUAAGCACGACAACCGCGAGGUCGAAGGCGCGGGCCUCAAUAUGUGCAUCGAGCUCAUCAGUAACAUGGCCGAGACGAACCCAGAGACAUGCAAUGCAUUCUUCCAGAACUUUUACCUGCCCAUCCUACAAGACGUGUUCUUCGUUCUCACGGACAGCGAUCACAAGGCCGGCUUCAAGAACCAGUCACUGCUGCUGGCGAAGAUGUUUUACCUGAUUGACUCGGGGAAGAUCCAGGGACCCAUCUACACACCUGACCUGGCACCGCCAGGCACACCAAACAAGGAAUUCCUCAUAGGCUUCAUCGGUAAUCUGCUCUCGAAAGCAUUCCCUAACCUCCAAAGCAACCAAAUCUCCAACUUCAUCGAAGGUCUUUUCGCGAACAACACAGAUCUGAACAGGUUCAAGCUCAUCCUCCGAGACUUCUUGAUUUCGCUCAAGGAGUUCUCCGGCGACAAUGCCGAGCUCUUCGCCGAAGAGCGCGAACAGGCCGCCACGGCUGCGAAGGUGCAAGAGCGCGAGCGCGCCAUGAAGGUUGGCGGAUUGCUCAAGCCGUCGGAGAUGGAUGACGAUGAGCUAUGA